AUGCAAUACGGUCUAUGCGAAGAACCACCAAAUUAUGGUUGUGAUGGGGCUGGAAUGCCGAGUAAAUGUGGUUUCCGACCCGAUCACAACAUAAGUAUUUGGGCCUCGCCGAAUUUAACAUCCGGAUCAUGGUCCUACGUUGGUAAUGCUAUCGACGUAUCUGAUAGACCAGCAGUUAACGCUGCUUUGAAUGUGUCUCGAGGCGGCGGAGGCGAUUUCGAUAUCCUUGUUGAUGAUGAUGGAACAGCUUAUAUAGUCUAUUCUCAAAACUAUUAUAUGAGUAUUGAGCAACUGACAACUGAUUUUUACUAUUCGACGGGCAAUUCGUACAUGUUUCAAGAAUAUUUUGUUGAAGCACCUGUUUUUUUAAAGAAAGAUAAUAUCUACUAUGUAUUAUUUGGUUGGUGUUGUUGCUAUUGUAUGCAAGGUAGUGGUGUGCUUGUACAUACAGCCAAGAAUCCGAUGGGACCAUACACACUUCAGGCUGAAGGUGAUCUUGCUUGUGUAAUGCCCAACAGCACCAAUGAAAUGUCAAUCACGAAAAUGCAUUCGACAUUGAUUGGCGGUUUACCCACACCUAAUCAGGGCUGCGAAUUUCACAAUGGAAGUACAACAUCUAUCGUACGAUCUCAACAAAACUAUAUAAUUAAAGUUACAAAUUCAACUGAUUACACCACCUAUGUAUGGACAGGUGAUAGGUGGCAACAAGCACCCGACGGAAUAAAAGGUCAUGAACCGCAGUUUUGGGUACCUCUCAGUUUCGAUCGAAAUGGAGUGAUCGGAAAGAUGGAAUGGGUGGACGAAUUCAUAUUAGAUGUGUGA